GCUUCCUUCUGUUGUACUGCCGGCAGAGCAGAGCUACGUAAAAGGCGCGCGAUCGACGCGAAGAAUGUCAAUCCGCGCGUAUUAUAACCAUUCAGACGGAAAGGGAAAUUCUUAGACAGUUAAUUGCUUUAUUGAGACUAAGUGACGUGUGUCUUCGUAAUUACAACAAACAGACCGUUCGUGUGCGUGGUUUAUGGCCAAGUUAUUCCGCUUACCGAAGCUCUUGAUUCUCAAUUCUAUCAAAGGGUUGGCAAAAGUUCUGUGAUCGUUACUUCUUACGCUAAAUUUUAUUCGAAGUGCAAUGUCGAUUUUGUUUACAAAAAGAAGAGUACCAUCAUACAUUUCCUGAAGAAAAUUCCUUCUCUAAAUACUCCAAUUGCAGUUAUUCAUUUACACCAGCUAGAUGCGCAGCUAGCGAGCGGCAGCAGUGAGCCCGGUGCACAAGCAACAUCGGCGUGAACGCGCAAGCGGGCCCGAAAAAGCGCAAGCGGCUGCCAUGCUUCACAGCUGCGCGACCGUUGGCUCGAGGUGCGCGCGUCGCGCCCUCGUCAUCCUGUUGGCCUGGGGUCUGCUGAUGAUCGCGACCGUGCAGUUCAGGCACUCGAAUCAAGCCAACAUCGUGCUCAACUCGCUGGGCUCCGACGAGCAGCAGCAGCAGCAGCAGCAGCAACUGCCGGUGGAGCCGGUGGCAGCGGCGGCAGUGCACCCGAACCUUCAGAGUCUCGCCGCCUCGAGGUUUCUCCUGCAGCGACAGGCGCCGGCGCGGCAAGAGCCCACGACGCCCGGCACGACAGCCUCGGCGAGUCCGCUUGACCUGGAGCCUCUGCUGGACAAGAGGCCAGCCAAGAGCGAGGACGAGCUGAUACAGGAGAUCGAGGAGCGACUGCCUAGCCUGCCGCUGGCCUACUGGACGAGGAACAGCAAAGUCAGCCAGACGGCCAAGGCCAGCGAGACGUCCGCUGGCGGCGGCUGUCAGCCCAAGUACCCCAGCAUCUUCGAGCUGGAGUUCAACAACGUGUACUGGCAGACGCUGCGCUCGAGCAACGGCACCUUCCAGCUGUUCGGCGCCUUCUACGACGAUCGCAAGCUCUCGCGGAUCGGGCCUGCCAUCCGAAUCGUCGGCAUGAUCGACCGAAUCGAGCCGACCGUGAAAACCUACUGCCAGAUGUGGUUCGAGGGCGAGAAGGAGCCAAAGAUCGUCGACGUCCUCGAGUACAAGUACAUCUGGUACUCCAAGUGGGGCAACUACAAGCAGGGCAUCUAUCAGCCGUACGUGAUCGCCUGCAAAGUGCCCCAGUCGCACUGGCGCCGCGGGCCGCCCGCCUCGGUGAGCCUCGCGGAGAAGAGGUGCGACACCGCGACCAACAAUCUCCGCGUAACCUACAACAAGCCAGCGCUCAAGAAGGACUUUGCCGUGUGCGUCAAGGGCCUGGACUUUUUGCACGAGGACCUCUCGGUGCGCCUGGUCGAGUGGAUCGAGCUCAUCAUGCUGCUCGGCGCCGACAAGAUAUUCUUUUACCAGCUGCAGGUUCAUCCCAACGUGACCAAAGUGCUCGAGCACUAUCAGACACUCGGCAAGGUGCACGUCACUCCGCUGACCCUGCCCGGAGGACAACCCAACGUCCCAGCGUUCCAGCACAUGUACCUCACCAAGAAGACCAAUCACAAGAGGCAAAACGAACUCAUACCCUACAACGACUGCCUGUACAAGCACAUGUACGAGUACGAGUACAUCGCUCUUCUCGACGUCGACGAGGUGAUUAUGCCCAAGCAGGACGCCACCUGGCAGCAGCUCAUGGCGCGCGUCAUGCCCAAAGCGCUCAAGCUCAGGAAUGAGACCAGGGCGUCGUACAACGUCAGGAACGUCUACUUCCUCGACGACUUCCUGCACGCGCACGGAUCUUUCAAGGACAUUCCAAAGUACAUGCACAUGCUGCAGCACGUGUACCGCUCGAAGAACUUCACGAAACCGAACCAGUACAUCAAGUGCUUCCACAAUCCGGAGCGCGUGGUGACCCUUCACAAUCACUUUCCGCUGGCGUGCCUUGGCGCCGGUUGCACCAGUUACCCGAUCGACACCGAGGACGCCCAGCUGCAGCACUACAGGGCUGACUGCGUGAAAUCGCUGAAGAAGACUUGCGUGGAGUACCGCGAGAACAGUCUACUCGACACUACCAUUUGGCGUUACAAAGACAAGCUCGUCUCGCGAGUCACGUCCACUCUCAAGACGCUUGGGUUUUUCGGCCCCAACAGCUAGCCCGUCGAUCGGCGACCGCUGCUCAACGACAGCCAGCGACUCGACUACUGACUGCUCGUCACCACUACACUGCUGUUCCGUCGCUCGAGACGACACGGCAAAGCUUGAUUUCGUCUGUACCUAGGAUGUAGGCUUGCGUGCGUGAUUAUUCCGAUGACGACGAUGAUGUCGGGCUCGACAUUUUCUUUUUUGGCUGUGCUACGUGUUUUUACCACUUAAGAAACGUCUAAUUAGCUAUCUAACUUACGAAUAUACGUAUACAUGUUAAUCGCUUUAGGGGAGGAAUUAUAAACGAGAUCGCGUAUAUAUAUAGUACUGCUACGAAUAAGCAAGAAGUCGCGAUUCUGUUUCGAAGGUACCUUCUCUCCAUUUUUUAUGAUGUACAUAUUUUUUAAAAACAGUCUAUGGAUAUACACAAAUAGAUUACGCUGUAUGUCGAUGGAACUCGUUUUCUCUUGUACUAAAAAAAAAAGAAAAACAAAAAAGACUUUGCUCUUUACCGUGUCUUAACGUAUUUCUCUUGAUAAUUAAAUUAGCCAGUAAAAUGCAAUGUAAAAAAGAAAAGGUAUUUUCGCAGGUAUAAGUGAAAAAGAUCCAUACAUUAUUCAUUAGGCGUUGGGAAGGAGCUGUUACGUUAUUGCAUGUCAUCUCGGCUCAUAAAUGUACACUUCUCUCUAUAAGCCAUAGUAUAUGUGUGUCUUUGCGCGUGAAUGUAAGGGUGCACGUGAACUCUUUUUUUCCUUUUGCUUUUAUUCAGUUCAGCUAAGCUAAAGCCCUAAAGAGCAAGAGAUCGAUUCCGGCAUAUCCACAAUCCAAUUCCAACUUACUUGUCAAGCGCUAUAAGCUCUAUACGACUGUCGUUUGCUUUUUAUUGUCUCGCAGUGCCGUUUCAAAUUUUUUAUUGCCCUACGGUCAUCUCGUAAAUCUUCUUGUAAAUAAACAAAACUAUCCAUUUAUUUUACAGACGCAAAAUAUUGUCGCAGGAACUUGCAGGGUAAUAAUAGACUGCUAUUUUUUUUUCCUAAAACGGGAUAUGAUUUCGAAGGAUCGUUCAUCGAUCGUCGUGCAAUAAUUACAUUUCAACAAGCAAUGUCAAAGAAAACGACUAUCUUAUUAGUCUUGCAAAUCCGUGUAGCGUAAGUAUUAAAAGCGAAUCCAACGGAGCAAGCGAGCGAGCGAGCGAAACGCCUCUAUUUGCCUUCGGUAAAAACAAAGGAACUUGCAAAAUGUUUUGCCCUCCGCAAGCGGCCGGCACUUUUCAAACAAACUUGCCGGGCGUAACGGCGGCGCCUCGUAAAAAUCAAGUUUUCACCGUGGCUUUUUUGCCUGCGCGGCCGAGCUUUCCAAUAUAGCAUGUGUACGGCUGCACGAAAGAGAGACGGGCGAGCCAACCCAUCUAAUAUAUUCAGCGGAAAGGCGAUUUCGCGAGAGGCGAGAAAGGAUAAGGGAAGAAACGAAAACAAACGAAAACAAACGGGACGAGGAGGUCGCCGCACGUACGUAUAAAGACUUGCUUGCUCGGCAGAAUAUCCAGCGGCCGAAAUUUACGGCGCAAGGCGACACGGUUCUCUCCACCCGGAAAGAGUGAGAGAGAUAGAGCGCACUAGUCGAAUCAGCACUAGAUGAAAUGCAGGCAAAUAACCUUCCCGACAUGUAAUUCCGGCACGACGUAUGCGCGCGGGAGCUGCUGCUUUUUUUUUCUUCGAUCCGCGUUUAUUCUUAGAAUUACGUCGAUUUCCUCGCGAAGGAGCUUUUGCGGAUGACAGAUUUCAGAAACAUUUUCCGAAAUUGCCUUCUCUAUAUCUCUUGAUCUCUCGGAGAUUGAUCGAGUAAGUUCCUAACGCACGUCAACUCCAAAUGAAACGAUGAUUGUAGAAGCCGUACGUUAAUGACACACUGGUAUGCGAGAAUUGUGAAUGCCUCGGCGAGGUGUCUAGCGGGAAGUUUUGGCGCGCAGAGGCUCUAAAGUGGUUAAACGCCAGUUGCGGAAAACAAUGACUAUUUGUUUAUUUAUUCAAAUUGGCGUCCAGGCGAGAAAAUGGAGGCGUCGCCCGCUCGUUCGCUGGCUUUAUUUGCGAAAGUAACGACGAAAAGCAAGUUGCACUUUACGAUGCGAUCGAACCGUGUAACCAAUAAAUAAUUUAUGCAUGUCAUGUCCAUGGCGACUGUUAUUCAUACAUAGGGGCGCGCUUUUGUUCAGAUAAUAUUAUCGGUUUCGAUGCCUUAUUAUUUUUUAAGUUUGCAUCGACUGCAGGCAUGCACGAGCGAGUGUGCAUGCGGGUCGUUGCACCCCCUCUCCCCCUACCUUCAAUCUUGGCCAAGUCAAAGCCGAGCCGUACGCGAGAGAGAAGAGAACUGAGAACGAAAACUGCCCGACCGAAUGGUUACUUACGACGUACGACGUCGCUUUGUUUGCUCUCGUUCGUUUACGGCGUCAUUAUUUAAUCUCGUGAUGUUACUUUAUUCUUAAUCAAUCGUUAUAUAGUUUAGCUUUAAAAAUACAAAUCGUUAGAAAUGUUGCAGGAUUAAGAAAAGUAUUCAAACACCAAUUGAAUAUUUCCGAGACUGGAAGAGCUUUGGUGCUAAGAUGUAUCUUUUGUUUGUUGUAAUGAUGAAUCUAGAACGAAGGAAAUGGUCAUCUGUAAAUUGUUACGAGCAUCAUUGUAGCUGAGAUAUUACCACUGUACAAAUGCAUUCAUCAAAGGAUAUGAGAUUACUAAAAGCGUAAAUAUCAAAGACUUUUUGAAUAUUCAACGAUAAAGAAAGAAAAAGAAAAUAAUGAUUUAUAAAUGUAAAGAGUCAACUUAUAUGUUGUAAGGACUGUUUUUUUUUGUUUUUAAAUAAGGAAAGAAUAUCUUUUGCGAUUUAAAACUUCAAUUAGCUAUUGCUUUACUGUAGUUAAACAUAUAUUCAAGUAACCAUAUAGAUAUCUAAAGGUUUAUUUAUAUUUUAUAUCACAGCCCCACUAUCGCCGUAUAUUAUUUGACGCUUUAAAUCGCAAGAGAGAAUGUGAAAAUCGCCGAAUCUCGAUCGUCUUCUGCGUGCUGAAUACGCAAUUAGCCAAGUCGUUUUUCCACGAUAAGCGUAAAAUUAUUGUUCUGUUAUCAGGGAUGGUCAGAAGGCGAUUGAUUUUCUGCAGCGCGCAAGGUUGUCAGGUGCACGCUGGUUGAUAAAACAGAUUGCAUCUGGUAACAAAGUGAGCGAGCAACAAACAAAGCGAGCUUUCCCAAGCUCCCGAGUUUAUUUAAAAUAUUAUAUAUAUAUUAAAAUCGUCUUUGUACAGAGGACUUGGUUUUAGUCCAGA